GCCACCGGCCAGCAGCAAGGGGCGCAACAGAGUGCACGAGCACGAUGAACGGAAGUCUGGCGAACGGGUUGAACGAGGCCGGUGAUCGUAAUACGGCCCCCAAGAAGAUCGCCUUCGAUCGUAGCAUCUCGGUGUACAGUGAGCGCGAUGUGCAGUGCGGGUUUUGGGUGUGCCACGGCCGGCUCUGGCAUCGAUUGGCCAGCAAGAAGCUGUACGUGCUGCUGUUCGGGCUGAUCGGAUGUAUCCUUAACUCGACCACUUCCUACUUCUACGGCACGCUGACGACGGUCGAGAAAAGUCUUCAGAUUUCGUCGAAAGCGGUCGGUAUGAUUACGGCCGGAUCGGAUCUUUCGUUCGUGCUGUCCUCCCUGUUCCUGUCCUACUACGCCUCGAACCGCCGGAAACCGCUCUGGAUUGCGAUGGGCAGUGUUAGUAUGGGAUUGUCCUGCUUCGUCAAUGCACUUCCGCACUUUCUGUUCGCUCCGGAGCAUGUUCCCGUUGAAGUGGCAGGGAACGGGAGCACCUCCGCGUUGACGGUGCCAUCCUUGAUGGCUGAUAAUCUGUGUCGAGUGGAUCGAGAGCCACCGGAUUGUUCAAUGGACCUUGGGAAUGUGCGACCUCAGUUGGUGCUCUUUUUUGGUAGCUUCCUGUCGGGACUCGGCACUUCGCUGUACUUUACGCUCGGACUCACGUACCUCGAUGAUAAUGUGCGUAAGGAGAAGGUUCCGGUGCUGUCCAGUUUGGCCGCAUUCGGUCGACGUCUUGGGCCACUGGUUGGUUUUUCGUUGGCUUCGCUAUCGCUCAAGUACUUUGUGCAUAUUGGGGAAAAUCCAGGAUAUGGGUCGAGCGAUCCACGGUGGAUCGGUGCGUGGUGGCUCGGUUGGCUCGUGCUCGGUUCUUUGCUGCUCUUCAUUUCUCCCUUUUUCGCAAGCUUCCCGAAGGUGUUGCCCCGAGCAGCAGAACGCAUCUCGCUGUCACGUCAAGCCAGUCGUAUUAGCGAGGCAAAUGGAGACGCUGUGGCCAAUAGUGCUGGUGAAAAUGAGGAACGGAUCGUUUCGUUCCGUGAUAUGCUGGUCACGGUGCGCCGGCUCAUCACCAAUAAGGCUUACGUGUUCAACAAUUCGGCGAGCAUCUUCUACUUCUUCGGUUAUAUGCCGUUCUUCCUGUUUCAGGCCAAGUAUAUCGAGAUCCAGUACCGGUUGACGCCAUCGCAGGCCAACAUGGUGACGGGUUCGGUAUCGUUGGUUUUCUCUGCCCUCGGAAUACUGAUCGCUGGUUGGGUUAUCCAGAAGAUACGACCAACGUCCCGGCAGUUGGCGGGCUGGAAUAUAGUGACUAGCGUUCUGUCGGCCGCUGGCAUCGUUGCGUACGCCUGGUUCGGUUGCUCGGCCCUCAACAAUGCCGCUAUUGUAGCAAAUUCUCAGGAGGCAACGUGUAGCGCAAACUGCAACUGUGACUUUGUAAAGUACUCGCCGAUCUGUGGCAGCGAUGGUCAGACCUACAUCUCACCGUGUCACGCUGGAUGUCGGGAUCAGUUCAAGCAGCCCAACGGAACGCUGUUAUACAGCAACUGCAGCUGCAUUACGUCGGACCUGCCGGACUUUGGUGGAUCAGCCAUCACCGGGAGCUGCCCGGUCGAUUGCUGGACUCCGUUCUACCUUUUCCUGAUCGUGGUGUGUCUAAAUAAGUUCAUCGGUGGUACCGAGUCUGCUGCCAAUUUUCUGAUCGGUCUGCGAUGCGUCGAACCACGUGAUAAGGCCAUCUCGAUGGGUUUUUCGAUGGCGAUCAACACGCUGUUCUCCUUUCUGCCUGCACCGAUCGUGUUCGGUUGGAUUAUCGAUCGGACGUGCGUGUUGUGGGGCCGAACGUGCGCCAAGCAGGGUAACUGUUGGCUUUACGAUGGUGAAGCUCUGCGUACCACAAUGAACUAUACGGCGGCCGUAUUCGUCAUUAUCGGGACAUGCUUCGAUCUCGGCACUUGGUACUACUCGAAGAACUUCAAGAUAUUCGAUGACGAAGCGGCCAACGAGGCUGCUGAUCAUCGAGCUGACGGUGAGGGAAAGGAGAUGGAAUCUCUCGUGACACGAAAGGAGAAGCCUAGCGUCGAAUGAAAUGGACGGAAGAACGAGUGCACAAUAAACCGGAAA